CAGCCCGCUGGCAGUGACAUGUAACGGGACCUGGGUGCGACAUGAACGGGCCUCAGCUCAGUGAACUCCCGGACGACGCGGAGCAGCUCAGGCCGUACGUGAGCAGCCUGAGGCGGGGAGCCCUGCAGGCCGGCGAGCUGUCCGCGGUCAGGACCUUCUCCCAGGGCUUCCUCCUCAGGUUUCUGCGGGCCAGAGACUUCGACGUGGAGCUCUCUCUGAAGCUCUUGCUGAACUACCAGCGAUGGCGGAAGGAGAGUCCUGAGAUCAGCACCUGUCUGUCUCCCUCCUCGGUGCUCGGCCUCCUCAACACAUCGUACCACGCCGUCCUCCCACAGCGGGACCACACUGGCAGCAGGGUGCUCGUCUACAGGAUUGGGCAGUGGGUCCCAAAAGACUGGUCUGCCUUCCAGGUGUUCAGGGUCAGCCUGAUGACGUCAGAGAUCAUCUCCAUGGAGACAGAGACACAGAGGCGGGGCCUGAAAGCUAUAUUUGACCUGGAGGGGUGGAGUUUAGGCCACGCCCUGCAGAUUAACCCUUCCCUCGCCAGAAAGAUAUCCUCUGUACUUUCGGACUCUUUUCCACUGAAAGUAAGAGGAAUCCACCUGGUCAACGAGCCAAUGUUCUUCCGGCCGGUCUUCGCCAUGAUUCGUCCCUUCCUGCCAGAUAAGAUCAAACAGAGGAUCCACAUGCACGGUGCUGAUUUCCAUGACACUUUAAGCGACUUCUUCUCGCCGCCUGUCUUGCCUCCAGAAUAUGGAGGGGAGGGGCCGGGCAUCGAGGAGUCGUGCCAGGACUGGACCAAUAAGCUGCUUCAGUCAGAGAAUCUCCUGCAGCAGAUUGCCACCCAUCCAACGGGCGACAUCGCCGUAGCACCUGAUGACUCCUUGAUCUCAGAGGAAGCGGAGACUGAACAACUCUCAGAGGGAUGAUGUUUGGAGUUUUGGCCUCUCUGGUCACACCUUCAUGCUUUUACUUGCUCUCUGGUGGCAGUUUGUCACGGCCUUAACUCUGGAAUACUAACUGCAGGCUGUUGGCUGCAUCGAGAAAGCUGUCAGUGCUGCUUUAAAGCGUUUCAGCACCGGACUUUGGGUUUACAGUACAUGAUGUUUGCCUGUUGGUCAAUUGUUUUCUGUGUUACAUUGCUCAGUGAGAUCUGACCAAAGUUCACCCUUUGCUCAGAUAUUUGUAUCUUCUCACUGAAGUGCACAUUUUUGCUCUCUUUCCACGAGUGAUAUGAAGAAGUCGAUCUCAGUGUUGCGUGGGUGUUUCGCUGUGUUAAGAGUUUGAGUCAGGAUGUAGUUAACUUAAAAUGACCAGCACCUCGAAAGCUUCCCAUUUGCUUCAACUUGUUGUACCUGCACACAAAAAGAACUGUGAAAGCAGCAAUGUGAAUUUAGUGGAAGUUGUAAGGCAGGAUAAACUGUUCUUCAUCAAGACAUAGCUCCAGCAUGUCACCACGGUUUGUUGUUCUUACAUUUCUGUUAAUGGGCGGGUUAAACAAAUAAGACACACUGUGUAAAUAUUAAAGCUUUAGAGGCGUUCAUGAAUGUUUUUAUGUCUCUGCGUCAGCGACAGCAGUUGCUUUGGGCAUUAUGUUUUCAGGCUGUCCGUCCCAACGUCUCGUCCCAUUUUUAGGAACACCUUUGGCAGAAACAUCCUCUUUGACUCAAGGAUCAACUGAUUAGAUUUGGUCACUGUGGCCUCAACCAACAUGUUUCGGACCAUAACUCAAGAAUUCAUGCUAAUUAUGACAGAAAUGUCUCAGAGGAUAAAAUUAACAUUCAACAAUAAUCAACAUUUUAUAUCCAAAAGGUCAAAGGUCACUUCACUGUGACAUCAUAAUGUUCUGCAAAAACACUUUCCUGCCCAUUAUUCAACGCCACAACUCAGGGGCAGAAGAGGAAACUUUGACCAUAUUUCACAUUUGUUCAGAUACUGAACUGGUGACACUAAUCUUUGGCGUCCACUUUGAAACUGUGCUGGUUGUUUAGAUCUGUGCUGCUGGGUUGAAGAUGUGUGUGAAGCCUCCACAUUAUACAGUUUGUAGUUUCUUUACAGCAGCAUUGGAGUCCAACACAAGCUCAUUGGCUGUGCUGAUAUUGAUCUUCAGGUGAUUGUUGUUGCACCAUGUGAUGAAGCUCUGUAUCAGUCCUCUGGACUCCUCUGGAAAAACAGUCUCUAUUAAGUGAAUAUGUAAAUGGUUCAAAUUUUGCAUACUUGUGUCGCCUGGAGCAAACAGACAAGUAUUCUUGUUUAUUCACGUCUUUGCAUUGGCUUUUUUAUGUAAUCGCAUUGCAUGAAAAAUAGGCUUUGUGUUUGGUGUGAACACACUAUAAUGCUAAGCUAGGCUAACCCCAUCCUGAUUUCAGAGCCAUGAGCACAAACGUGGAAGUGGGAUCAAUCUCCUUAUCUUACUGUAAAAAAGAAAGCAAAUAAGUGUAUUUCCCACAAUGCUGAACUGUUUCAGUCUAAUUAAUACAUGAAUUUGUGUAAUUUAAUUUUCUAGUAUCUGCUAGCUGAACAGCUUGUUUAGGUUAGUUGAACCGACAGUUUUACAGUCUUGUAAAUCUUGUACAGGAUCACUGCUGGAUGUUACUGUAUGAAUGUCGGAUCAAGACAGGGUUUUCAGGGAUCUCUCUCUAAUGUAGUUGCACUAUAGUUAGACGUGAUUAAUUACCAGCCAAUUCAGCAGCCAAUUCAGGGAUGAAUUGCCUGGAGGAGACUUGUACAGCAGCUGCAGGAUGCCAGCCUUCAGUCCUCUGAAUGGCGGAGGACAGUGAGAUGCUACCGACCUGCUUCAAACAAACGACCAUGUCUGUGAUCCCGGGAACUCAAUUUAAGAGUCACUGUGAGAGUUUGAUGCUUUGUAAAAAUACCUAGAAGCCAAACAGUUUCCCCAGUAGCAUGUUUUCAUGUCACCAUGGACAGCAAACGCUGCCUUCCCUCCAACCUCUCACUCCAUCCAGACAUUCAUCCUCUCAGCCAGCCAGAGCAGUCCAUGCAGCUUGCUGUUUGUUGACCAUUCGAACUUUGUUCUUCAGUUUAAAAGUUUACUUUUUAUACAUAUAUAUGCAAUUUUAUGUUAUUUAUAAUGGAAAUCCUUUGACUAUAUUUGGACCAAGAUAUACACAUAUAUGCCAUAUACCCCAGGUAUGGUAAAAAAUGUGAAUCUGCUGUACAAGGUUUAUAAUUAUUCUGGCUACUGUCUGUAAAACCUAGAAUGAAUCCAUAUUAUCAAAAAAUAGUUUUAUCAUAUCUGAAUUUGAUCCUUUAGCCCUUUAAAAAAGAGAAUGAAUGUCUUUGGUGCUUGGGUCAUGCUGAGCACAUUAAAAUGAUAUUGACUUGAAUGUUACUUCAAGGAAAAGCAAACACAAUAACUCUCAUGUGGUAGCACGUUUUUAACUGUUCUUACUAAUUUGUCCCAUACUUACUUUUUUAACAUCUGACUGAUAUCUAACAGAGAUCCACCCUCAUUCUUGUGUGUCUGCCAGUGAGUGGGCCAGCAAGAUUUUAGCACAUUAAUGGGUCAUUGAAAUGAAUGGCUCGAGAUGUGAAUAAAGGUUGUG